AUGACACCCAAUAUUCUAUGGUUGUUUCUUUCCCUGGAGCUGAUACUUACUAGUGCCCUAGCAAUUGUUAAGCUACCGAAAAAUGCCAGAGUUCCUGCUGUUUUUAUGUUCGGAGAUUCGAUAGUCGACACGGGCAACAAUAACAACCUAACAACUUUUCUGAAGAGCAAUUUCCCUCCCUAUGGACGAGACUUUCUUGGAGGAGCUCCAACCGGAAGAUUUUGCAACGGCAAGAUUCCGUCAGACUUCGUCGUGGAGGAACUGGGGAUCAAAGAAUACUUGCCAGCCUAUCUUAAUCCGCGUUUACAAGCGACCGACUUGCUCACCGGAGUAAACUUUGCUUCAAGUGGCUCAGGGUUUGAUCCCUUGACAUCUACAGUUAUGCAUGUUAUGCCAUUAUCAGAACAGUUAGACAUGUUGAAGGAAUGCAUUGAGAAGCUGAACAAGUACGUUGGAGAAGAGAAGGCGAACAACAUCAUAAGCAACAGCCUUUUCAUGGUGGAAACAGGAAGUGAUGACAUUGUGAAUACCUACUAUCAUACGCCUACACGUUUCUUUCAGUACGAUAUUCAUGGCUACACUGAUCUCCUUCUCUCCGAGGCUUCAGUGUUUGUGCAGAAAUUAUAUGAAUUGGGGGCACGGAGGAUAGGGAUCUUGAGUCUGCCACCAAUUGGAUGUAUACCGUCACAGAGAACAUUAGCAGGAGGUACAGAAAGAACCUGCGCCAAAAAGUACAACGACGCAGCUGAGCUAUUCAACACCAAGCUAUCAACCAUGGCGGAUUCUAAGACUAGUAACCUACCUGAUGCCAGAGUCGUCUACAUGGAUACGUACAAUCCUUUCCUUCACAUCCUUCAAAACAUAGACAAAUAUGGUAACUAG